AUGACGAACGCUUCAUCGCGACAGAAGGCCAACAACGGCAAGAACAGCGCCAAGAACGCCCCGGCCGCCGCCGCCGCCGCUCCUGCUAACGCGCAGGUGAAGCCAGUCAGCGCCAAGGCCACGGCUGCGGCGACGCAGGCACCCAAGGCCGCGAACGCGACGCCGUUCGCGCUGACCGACAUCACUGCCGGCAGUGUGCAGCGCGCGCGCCAGAUCCGCAAGACGGACUUCGAGCGGUUCCAGAAGUUCCACAACUUCUUCGUCGCCAACGACGAGGCCGCGGCGCGCGCCAUCAACGCCAAGGCCAACGCCAAGCGCGAGCAGGUGGACCAGUGGGUGCGCGGCGCCGUGAACCCCAAGGCGCUCACGUGCAUCCAGGAGAUCCAGGAGACCCAGCAGGCGCUGCUCGUGCUGCUCAUCGUGUCGGCCGCGCUCACCAAGUACGGCGAGAAGGAGCUGGGCCGGCGCGACAGCCUCGGCGAGAUGGACAACGUGAUCGGCGCGCGUUUCGGCACGAGCGGCCUGCGUUCCAAGCAGCACGUGCCGCAGGUGGUGGGCAUGAGCUUCGUGCUGCGGCUGGUGCUGGGCCUCGCGCCGGAGAAGCGCGCGGCGUGCCAGCUGCUGCGUGAGAUCCUGAACUACGACGGCCACGCGCGCCUCGUGCUGACGCCCACGACCAAGGGCCUGCAGCCCGCGUUUGGCGCGGCGGCCGCCGACGCGGACGGCUGGGCCACCAUGAACCAGAACCUGCUGAGGCAGAUGGCCAGGCAGGUGCAGUCGGACCGGUUCCAGGAGGCCAUGCAGCAGCUUGGCGGCCAGCACCUGUACGACGCGAUCCGCACGCAGCUCAAGCAGGCCGGCGGCGCGGCGGUGUGGGAGGCCGGCAAGGACCGGCCUGCGCUGCAGGCGAACAACGUCCGUCCUCGCUCAAACUCGGCCGAAAAAGCCGUGAAGCCGCAGCAGAAGCAGAAGCAGGCGCCUCAGCCUGCGAAGAAGAACGCUGGCGGCAAGGCCCAGAUCCAGGCUGUGAAGAAGCACCUGCCCGUGGAGGUCGAGAAGUGGGCGCACGUUCCGCCCCCGGCGCCGGUGGCCGUGAAGGCGGCUGCCAACAACGUCCAGAUCAAGAAGGACGCGGCGGCGCCCAAGACCAAGGCGCAGCAGGUGAAGGGUGCAGUCCCGGAGAAGACGGCCGCUCCGGUGAAGAAUGCUUCGCCCGUGAAGAACGCUGCUCCAGUGAAGAACGCCGCACCAGUGAAGAAUGCGUCCCCCGUGAAGAACGCGUCGCCUGUCAAGAAUGUGUCUCCCGCGGCCGGCCCGAUACCAGGCACUAUCGCACAGAGCCGAUCGGGUGCGAUCGUGAGCAGCGCUACACCCACUGCCGCCGUGCGCACCGGUCGCGCUGGCAACUCCCGCGGCCGUGCCAUGUAGAGAUGGGGGUGCUGGGCUGCGACUUACAAAAUGAGCUACCAUCGACGUCGUAUGUGCUCGUGUUGCCACUCUCCGCUUGAUUGCAGGGGGGGGCGCACGUAGCAUUUAUUUGACCGUAAAGCUAAUAUAAAAACUAAU